AUGUUUGUGUAUGGUAAAGGAAGCUUGAAUCAAUCUAUUCUUAGUCGUACAAAAGAUGAAUCACGAGCAAUUGUGUAUAGAAAAAUAUUACAAGGACCAGGUUUUGGUGAUGACUUUGUAGGAGCGUUUUAUGAAUCUAUUCCUAAAAAAUGGUAUUGUGGAAAUAGGAAUUAUGAAAAACCAAUAAGAAACUUAGACAGUUGGUUUUUUAUAGAUGAUGCAUAUUUUCACUGUUCAUAG